UAAAGUUGGCAAGUGUGUGUUCAUGGAACCCUUCAGAGAAACAGCAAAAAUUCUGUUGACCCCUGUCUGAGGAUGGCUUCCAGCCCAGGAGACAGCUGACCACAGGGAUAGAGAGUAGGCCAUUUGGACCUUCUUCUCUGUGUGCACACCUACAUGCACACUUAUAACCUCUCACAAUUUCUUUCUGAUCUUCUUCUUCCCAGGUUCCGUGGCCAAGCCCUUCACUGACCCCCCAGCCCAGGCCCCGAGCCACCCCCCAUCGCUACGAUGGCCGAAGACGCAGACAUGCGCAAUGAGCUGGAGGAGAUGCAGAGAAGGGCUGACCAGCUGGCUGAUGAGUCGCUGGAAAGCACCCGUCGUAUGCUGCAACUGGUUGAAGAGAGUAAAGAUGCUGGUAUCAGGACUUUGGUUAUGUUGGAUGAACAAGGAGAACAACUGGAACGCAUUGAGGAAGGGAUGGACCAAAUCAAUAAGGACAUGAAAGAAGCAGAAAAGAAUUUGACGGACCUAGGAAAAUUCUGCGGGCUUUGUGUGUGUCCCUGUAACAAGCUUAAAUCAAGCGAUGCUUACAAAAAAGCCUGGGGCAAUAAUCAGGAUGGAGUGGUGGCCAGCCAGCCUGCUCGUGUGGUGGACGAACGGGAGCAGAUGGCCAUCAGUGGUGGCUUCAUCCGCAGGGUAACAAAUGAUGCCCGAGAAAAUGAAAUGGAUGAAAACCUGGAGCAGGUGAGCGGCAUCAUUGGAAACCUCCGUCACAUGGCCCUGGAUAUGGGCAAUGAGAUCGAUACACAGAAUCGCCAGAUUGACAGGAUCAUGGAAAAGGCUGAUUCCAACAAAACCAGAAUUGAUGAGGCCAACCAGCGUGCAACAAAGAUGCUGGGGAGUGGUUAAAUGUGCCCACCUGAGUUCUCUUCCAAAUGCUGUCAAGCAAGAUAGCAACUUCAUGCUUUUCUCAUGGUAUUACAUAGUAGGUCUGCACACACACAUCAGCCCAUCCUCAUGGGGAAUGUUGUCCUGUGUUGUCUGUCAUCUCCCAACAAUACUAUGUGUCUUCUGUUCUUUCUGGGUCUCUCUCUUUCCAAAGGUUGUAUAUAGUGGUCAGUUGGUGGCUCUAAUUCCCUACGUAAGAUGUCUUUGGUUUUAUUUUUCCUUUUCUCCCCUCAGUGGCGUUGGCUGAAUGACAACAAUUUAGGAAUGCUCAGCGUGCUGUUGAUUCUUUCAAAACACAGUAUCAUUCUUGUAAAACUGUGACAUUCCACAGAGCUACUGCCACGGUCCUUUUUCUGAGUGUCAGGCUCUGAAACUCUAAAUUUGUUGUCCUUGGUUCCUCAUGGCUGUCAUUUGUCUUUAUGAUUUCAUGAUUAGACAACGUGGAAUUACAUAACAGGCACUGCACUAAAAGUGAUGUGAUUUAUGCAUUUAUGCAUGAGAACUAAAUAGAUUUUUAGAUUCCUACUUAAACAAAAA